CACAGCGCUCACAGCCUCGGUCUCGAUUUAUAACGGGCCGGUUUUGCGUGACAUCAGCCCUGAAAGCGAAGUACUCGAGGACCGUGGCUUUGAGGCCCAUUUUGGCGGCGCUGGGUUAAUUGUAUAUCGAAAGGAGGACAUAGAAAAUGCAGUACUAGUCUUCUUGAAAUACACUUUGUACAGUUAAUAAAUCGACAUGCAGGACCGUAUAUACGCUCAACCAACGGGUUGAAUGGAAUCCCCUCAACCGGAAUGAAGGGUAUUUAUUAAGGCCUGGUGUUUAAGGCCUCGGCCGUCCGCUACGGGGCCUUUUUUUUAAGCUAUUUUGGUAACAAAAAUAAAAAAUGUUUGUCCGCCUUUUAUUUAUCUGGUAAACAAUAUCGAUUAUGAAUUUUACACGGACGUUUUCAAACUGCAUAAAACACCUUAAGUACAUGUUUCUAGUGAAGUCAUCCGCUGAUGUUUCCGUUUCCUGGUUAGCUACCGCCUACUGUGUUGUGUUUUUAGCUUUGUUAGCUACAUAGGGUUAGCUUCCAAGCGCCGCUUGGAUCGUACGCCAAUGCGUCUAUCAACAAGAUACGAAGCCACCCAACAGUUAUAUGCAGCUGACUACAAGUAAAUUAUAUAACAUUUAGAUUUCCUUGGCUGAUGUUUUCAAGGACAAGAGUCACGUGAUGUAUGAAGGCAAACACAUACACUUCUCGGAGGUGGACAAUAAGCCAUUGUGCUCAUAUAGCCCUAAGCUCUGCAAGCAGCGAAGACUCAAUGGCUAUGCCUUCUGUAUCCGGCACGUCCUGGAGGAUAAGACCGCCCCCUUCAAGCAAUGUGAAUAUGUGGCCAAGUACAACAGCCAACGAUGUACCAACCCCAUCCCCAAGGCAGAGGACCGCAGAUACUGCAACAGCCACCUGCAAGUCCUGGGCUUCAUCCCCAAGAAGGAGAGGAAGAAGAAGCACGAGGCGCUGGAGGACAUGCGCUCCCGGCCUCACCUGGAGUCGGUGGCCCUCAACAUCACGGUCCCCUCGCUCACUCUGAAGGUCCCCAACGGUGUCCUGGAGGAGCUCCCGGCCUCCCCGCCCUGCUCGCGCCUGCUGCCCCUCGCGGACGCCGAGCUCCUGGACCCCUUCGCCUUUUCCGAGGAGGAAACCGACGCGGAGGGCAUGGGCGUUCCUCGGAGAAGUGCCUCGGUUCGCAAGAGACCGCCCAACCACCGACUGUUGCUCCAUCAGAAACUCCGUCAUGACACUGAGCUUUUCCCGCCGCCCCCAGAGCACUUUAGCCCCUCCUCCCGCGUCCACACGGCCCCCACCAACAGCCACCUCCCCCGCCAGCAUUCAGGACAUCAUCACCACCCUCAUCACCACGUUCAGCCGCAGCCGCCGCCGCCGCCGCAGCAGCUGCACGCCAACGUGCCGCCCUUUUUCCUACCAGGACAGCCGCAGGGUUUAUUAUGCAAUCCAGUACCACCUCAGACACCCAACUUUCUGCCUCCGGGGCUGCCCCCCACCGCAGCCGCCAGCCCGACACAGAGCUCCGGGCCGUCCCUCGGUAGGAAGCCCCCCUUCACUGCCCCCCACCUGCCUAGCAGCUGCAAGGAGGGGCCGAGCGCCGCCCAGAGGCACGUGGUGGUCAUGCGGCCGGCGGGCUUCUCGCCGCCCCCGGCAUCCCUCAGCCGGCUGCAGCAUCUCGUGCAGCUCUGCGCCAAGCGACGCCAGGACCACGGAGACCUCUUCCCACAUCUAGGACUGGACUGGUCGGAGGACAGCGGCGAGGACGACGUGGAGCAGGAGGACGCCGACCUGGAGAGGGAUCGGCCGUUCCCCAGCUCCUGGAGACCGCAGGACGCGUCGGAGGAGUCGGGGCGCUCCUCGCGGAGGACACGGCUGCUGAGGCUGUGCUCGUACCUCCAGGAGAAAUACAAGCACAUGUGCCGGCAGGAGAGGGCCUGCAUGCGCCAGAAGAGAUACCGCUAUGCCUUCCGCAAAGCCCUCCUUCACGCAGCCAGCAAGGACCCCAACUGUGCUGGGCAGCUGAUCCAGGAGCUCCACAACUUCUCCAGCACUUCCACAAGUGCCGGUCCCGCGGGCCAGCCCCACACCGCAGAGUCAGGGCUCUGCAGCGGCAGCACCAAGGGCCUGGCCUGCUCGGGCAGCGCCCUGCCCUUCACCCGCCACUGCUUUCAGCACAUCCUGUUGAACCACUCUCAGCAGCUCUUCUCCAGCUGCACUGCCAAGUUUGCCGACGGCCAGCAGUGCUCCAUCCCGGUGUUCGACAUCACCCACCAGACCCCUCUCUGCGAGGAGCACGCCAAAAAGAUGGACAACUUCCUGCGCGGGGACGGCAACCGCCGAGUGCAGCAUCAGCAGCAGCAGCAGCAACGCAAGCCCCGCAAGAAGACCAAGCCCCCGGCACUCACCAAAAAACACAAGAAGAAGAGGAGGAGAGGCCCCCGCCGGCCCCAGAAGCCCAUCCCCCCGGCGCUGCCCCAGGGGAACCUGGGGAUGCCUUCCACCAGCCUCUCACUGCCCUCCCAGGCCAGCAUCAGGAGCGCCUCUACCCCCGACCUGAGUGCAGAUGAGCUGCCUGAUGACAUCACCAAUGAAAUAGCCGACAUUCCAAACGACCUGGAGCUGAACCAGGAGGACUUCUCGGACGUCCUGCCGCGGCUCCCCGACGACAUGCAGGUCUUUGACCUGUUUGAAGGGAAGAACGGGGAGCUGCUGCCCACCACGGAGGAGGCGGAGGAGCUGGUGCGGGCACUGCAGGCCAUGGGCUCCUACCCCGAGUCCCUGGUGUGUCUGAGCUCCAUGGGGGACCUGGCCUCCUCCGACGGCGUGGACCACCGGGCCCUGGGGGGGUUCCCCGGGCCCCCGCCGCCCGGGGCCAUGGGCGACCUGCUGAACGGCCGCAUGCCCCCGGAGAACUUCCCCGGCCUGGAGCUGGAGGCCAGCCUGCUGCAGGCGGGCGGCGCCCACCACCACCACCACCACCACUUCCCCCCGCCGCCCCCGCCGCCCUCCUCGCUGCCCUCGGCCCCGCCCCCCGGCGCCGGCGCCAGCCUGACCUCCGUGGCGGUGUCGGCGGCGGCGUCGGUGGCGGGGGCGACCUCCAGCCCCGCCCUCCUCUCCCAGAGCUCCCUGACGGAGCGGACGUUCCCACGGACGCUCCCCCCCCAGGGCCACGCCUGCAAGCCGCCGGCGGCCCCCCCGCCCGCAGUGGCAGCGCCGGGGGGCAGCCACUACGGCGGCGAGCACGGGCCGUCGCCCUACAGUGACCACAUCUCCUCGCCCGGCGCCGCCGCCUUCCACGCCGACCCCCCGCUGCUGCUGGAGGCGCCGCUGGGCGGGGGGCCGUGCCCGCCGCGCCCCCCCUGGAACAGCCUCUCCAUCUCCAUGGGCGAGCCCUCGCCGUUCGGCCACCUGAGCUGCGUGGAGGGCCACCUCAUCUCCACCUCCCUGUCCACGCCGCCCGCCGCCACACAUUCAGUGACCCUCCAGCCCAUGGCGGCCCUCUCAGCGACCCCCCCGCGCGGCCUGGCCGGCCUGACCGCCCCCCCCGGCCGCUCCCCCUCCCUCUCGCCGGCGGCGGGGGGGCACGACCUCCUGACCUCCACGCAGCCCAAGCAGCAGCUGCCUCAGUUCAGCGCGGCCUUCGGCCACCAGCUGGCCCCGCCCCCCAGCGGCCUCCCCAAGGACGUGCAGCCCAGCCACAGCUCCACCGCCCCCCCCGCCGGCUGCUCCCAGGCCAGCGCCACCGGGGCUAGUGCCAACAGUGCCCCGCCCCCCUUCCCCCAGAGCAACUGAACACUGGCUGCCUGGCCAUGCCCCCCCCCCCCCCCCCGGGACGGCCCCCGGCCCUCACCCACCUGAGGGAGGAGGACGGCCCCCGUCUUCAUCUGCUCCAGGCGUCAUGGUAACGGUGCACAAUUGUUCUGAUUUAAAUUGGAUAUUGUUUUUUUUGCACAGCUUAUUUUACCCAUUUUUCUUCUUCUUUUUUUUUUUAAUCGGCAGCCAUCUGCUUUCCCUUCAGGGAUGAGUCAGUUGGCGCUGAGGUCAGGCCCUGCAGCCCUGUGGUUUCACCAGCAGGGGGCAGCGUAGAGGAGUCGGUCUGUGAACACACGGGUGUGAAUGACCUUUAGAGAUUACUCCCAACUUAGUGAUAAACGCAGCGCUUCGGAAUCCGUUCACUUAAACGCCUCAAUCAACGAUUUGUUUUCUUAUUCUCCGGUCAGCUCCUGUUCCAUAACGACGAACCAUAUCCUGCCUUGCUUCUCAUGUGAUCGUACCCCACCCCGCUCUCUCAAACCCUCCUCAGUCCCCCCCUGGAAAGACUGAGUAUAGUUCGUAAUGUUUGUGACCCAUAACAAUUACCGCAACGUUCUAACCGGUAUCAUGAUAAUUCUGUCAAGCUCUCCCACGAACGGAAGAUUCACCAAGCUACUUUUAAACGGCUCUUUUUAUAUCGUGCGUGUGUAAAUAUAUAGCGGAUUCUUUUUAUCAGUUUGUCCAGACAGACUUUGACCUCACCAUAGGCCGUGGGUCUCCAUAUUGGUGGCCUCGUAAGAUGUGUGAGUAAAUCUGGUUUCCUAAAGCAAUAAAUCCAUGGUCAUACUCUCUAGUACCGUGAGGUGUAGUGUGGGUCUCCUCCUAAAUGUAGCAGGCCACUGUGGACCAGGACAACGUUUGAACCUAUAUUACUGUCGUAAGACCUUUCUCUCUCUCUCUCUCUCUCUCUCUCUCCGUCUUUUAAUGUCUGCUCAGCUUCUGAUGGACUAGAAUAGACCAAUCAGGUCUCUGCGUCUCCAGGGUCAUACCACAUAGAGGGCGAGCGCCCAGCAGGGGGGGGGGGGGGUUUGUGCUAAUCGGGGUACACAUGGAAUCAUGCCGGUGUGGCGGGCGGUAAAGUUUCAGCUGUGGACCCCCACUAAGAACAGCCCGGCCUAACUGAUCAGUGGAUCACUGUUUACCGGUGGUGGGUGGAGGGGAAUGGGGACCCCCCACGUCUGAGGAGAAGUGGGGGUCCCCGUUGAUAGAGGUGGGGGCGACCGCAUGACGUGAGGACCAGGUGGCUUUAGGGGCAGCGAUGCAUGGUGACCCGAGCGGGUUCUUUCUUUAAAAACAAAGUUUUAGCGAAGCGGGGGUCUUCUCGCCGGGGGUCCCGUCGGGUGAGCUCUCCUGCAGCAGUACCACCGCCGGGCGUCGUGGUUCUUCUCUUAAAUUAUUCAGACAUUGUUGAGUAUUAGGUCUGUUGAGUAGUUUCUACAUCGGGGGUCCGUUGGUGAAUUAUUGAUCAGCGAUGGAUUGAAGUUGUUUGAAAAGUGGAACGUGUCUUGUUAUUUAAUGGCUAUCAAAAUGUUAGUGCACUGUGGGUAGGAUCCGUUGUCUCCCCCCGUCCCCCGUCCCCCGUCCCCCCGUCCUUGUUCUGAUAGGCCGUCAGGAAGGUACUUUUGAUAGCUAUUAAACCCCAGCAGGACGCUCCCUCUCUACGCACGGUCUCCACGGCAAUCCCGACUCGGUCGGAGGCGGCAGAUCCAAGACGAACACGCAUUGCAUACGCUCAUUUCAUUUCGGGUUUCUGUGCAGCAGACGGGUGUGGAUCUGUCGCAUUCAUAUUUAUUUUGAACAGGACUAGACGAGGCCGCCGGUGUGUCACAUGUCCCCCACCCCACUCAGAACUGUCUUUUUGCCUUUUCGCUUGCAAUCUCUUCCAGCCGGUCGUCCCCUCACUAUCAGCGCUCAGUCUCCCUCGAGCCCAGUCCCACCUGUGAGAAGGCCCAGCUCUUUCUCCUGGUUCCAAAGAGGCAACACAUUACUAAAGUGUCCACGCGUAGCGCCACCGGAGGUGACGACAGGCUUUCUCCAGAAGGGCAACACACAGUGCUCCUGAAAUUCAGGUUGGAUUGAAUGUUCCUUGGGUUUGGGCAAUCAAGGCAAUACUGCUGUAUUCACAUAGCAUGGAAACGACUGGCUCCCGACACACAUAGAACAACAAUUAACAGGGCUUGUAGGCAAUUGUAACUGCUUGAAAUCAGAGAUGGUUGACAAAUUCCUAUACUCAUUGAAUGUACUGUAUUACUGUUUUUAAAGAUGAUAGGAUGAGCUAAUAUUCUAGUCACAUUUUGUUAUCGGUCUUUGUUUAAUUUGUCUAAGGUAUUUUUUGUAUACAAAGGUUUACAUUUUUAUGUAUAUUUUUCUUGUGUACAAAUUAUGUAAUAUGUGUAUAAACACUGUAUGAAUAUCUGUAUAUAGUGUGAGAAAUUUGACCUUGUUUUUUGGAUGUACAAAUAAAAGUUGCUGUGAGGUA